GCUGGUUCCAAUCGCGAACAAAGCAGCGCAACAAGCCGCAUCGAAACUAGCCGCAUCGCAACAAGCCGCAUCACAACAAGCCGCAGUGCGCAGCCGCGGUCCAGCUCGUUCAGCCAGGUCGUACGCAAUCUGACAGCGAAACCACCAAGACACCCUGUCCCGAAGCCGCUCCCGCGAGGUUUUCUUCGGCAAUCUUCAGAUAUCUGCCCAGCAUGGCCGACGAAGAGGACUUUAGCUCGCUGCCCCUUACAGAUCGCUGGGUGCACAAGAUAUGGAAAGUCCGAAAGCAGGCCUACGAGGAGGCGGCCCAACAGUUCGAGAAGACCCCCGACGAGUACGACCCGGCGUUUCGGCCCUUCAUCCAGGACCCGGGACUAUGGAAGUCGGCAGCAGCGGAUUCGAACGUCGCCGCGCAACAAGAGGGCCUCGGCGCUCUUUGCGCGUUUCUCAAGUUUGGCAGCCGCGACGGCGCCCUACGAGCCCGACAACAGGCAGUAAACCCGAUUGUCGAGAAAUGCCUUUCGUCCACAAGGGCAGCUACAAAAGCCUCGGCGCUAGAGGCUUUGCUCUUAUUCAUUGAGGUGGACGUUCCAGGCCCUGUCAUUGAGGAGAUUAUCCCAGUUUUGUCCAACAAGCAGCCAAAGGUCGUUGCUGCCGCGCUGGCGGCCCUGGUGCAAAUCUACCACAACUACGGCUGCAAGACCGCGGAUCCGAAGCCGGUGCUGAAGAUCCUGCCCAAGGCCUUUGCCCAUGCCGACAAGAAUGUGCGCGCCGAGGCCACAAACCUAGCUGUUGAGUUCUACCGAUGGCUGCGCGACGCUAUGAAGCCGAUGUUCUGGAACGACCUCAAGCCGACACAGCAGAACGACCUCGAGGCGCAGUUCGAGAAGGUCAAGGCAGAGGGGCCCCCGAAGCAAGAACGUCUCCUGAGAUCGCAGCAAGCAGCACAGGAGCGUGCUCCCGCGGGCGGCGGCGGAGAAGAUGGCUACGAGGACGAGGGCGGUGAAGCUGAUGAGCCAGGGGAGGUGGAUGCGUUCGACUUGGCGGAACCGCAAGACGUCAUCAGCAAGGUGCCCAAGGACUUCUACGACAACCUGGGUUCGGCCAAGUGGAAAGAGCGGAAAGAGGCGCUCGAUGCCCUGCACGCGAUCGUCAACGUACCGAGGAUCAAGGAAGGCGACUUCGGCGAGAUCAAUCGGGCCCUGGCUAAAUGCAUGAAGGAUGCAAACAUCGCAGUCGUCACGCAGGCAGCCCAGUGCAUCGAGCUCCUCGCCAAAGGGUUGCGGAAGGGCUACGCCAAGUACCGCUCCACGGUAAUGCAGCCCAUCAUGGAGAGGCUGAAGGAAAAGAAACAAACGGUGGCAGAUGCCCUGGGCGCAGCGUUGGACGCCGUGUUCCUGGCGACCGACCUCAGCGACUGCCUCGAGGACAUCACGACGUUCCUCGUUCACAAGAAUCCGCAGGUCAAGGAGGGCACCAUGAAAUUUCUCGUGAGGUGUCUCCGGACGACAAGAGACGUCCCGAGCAAGCAGGAGAUCGCGGCCAUCGUCGAGUCUGCAAAGAAGCUCCUUUCAGAAUCGAGCGAGGCGCUUCGUUCGGGGGGCGCCGAAAUUCUGGGAACGAUCAUGAAGAUCAUCGGCGAGCGGGCUAUGAACCCGCAUCUCGAGGGCCUCGACGACAUUCGCAAGACCAAAGUCAAGGAGUUCUAUGAGACUGCCGAAGUCAAGGCCAAGGACAAACCGAAACCGCCACCACCCGCCGCCCGAGGUCCCCCUGCAGCGGGCGGCCCGAAGAAGGUGAUGGGUGGAGGUCCCAAAAAGGCUCCUGCCGGCUUGAAGAAGCCCGCUGCUGCUGCGGCUCCUCCUCCGCCGGAACCGGCCGCGGCACCGGAACCGGCACCGGCGGCGGCACCUGCCCCAGCGCGUCCGGGCCCCGGAAGCAAGUUGGGCAUGCCGAAACCCGCUGGGCUCGGCGGCCUGAAAGCCCCUCAGAAACGCACGUUGGGCGGUCCGGGGAUCACUUCCCCACGGCGCCCGGCUCCGGCACCAUCACCACCCCCGAUGGAAGAUGAACCACCGAUGUCUCCGCCCCCCGCUGCAAAGCCGCCUUCCCGUCUUGGUCUUGGUCGUGGUGGGCUCGCAGCUCGCUCCCUAGCCAAGCCUGCCGCACCUGCCCCGCCCCCAGCGCCGCCAUCUCCCACCCCCGCCUCGGGCCUAACGGCGAUUGAACGUGCCGAGCUCGAAGAGCUCCGCAGCGCAAACGAACGGCUGCUCAAGCAGCUCGACGACGCGCGACAUGAGCGCGCCAAGCUCAUGUCGGAAAUCCAGGAGCUCAAGAACCAGAAUGCGAGCCUGAUUGAGGACCACACACGGGACGUGCUCUCCAUCAAGGCGAAGGAGACGCAGCUCGUCCGCGCCCGCAGCGACGCCGAGGCGGCCGAGCAGACGAACGACCGGCUCCGACGCGAGCUCGACCGGUUGAAGCGCGCGCUGAGCAAGGCCGAGGCCCUGAACGCCGCGGUCGGCUCGGGCAGCCCGGGCUCGCCCGGUCUCGGCUUCAGGACUAUGAGCCCGACGCACGACGACGGCGGCAUCUACCGCGACGCGGCCAACAUCAGCAGGAGCCGCAUGAGCAUCACGAGCACGCUCAGCGAGGAGAAGGAGAACGGCGAUGGCGUCCCGUACACGCGCAACAAGGUCAGCCCGGACCUGCGGUACACGAGCAGCACCGCCAGCAGCGGGCGCGGGAGCCCCGCCAAGGGGUUCCGGCGCGACGUCGGCUAUGACGAGAAGGACCCCGGCGCGGCGGCCGUGGGCGGCUACGGCAGCUACCCGGAUAGGGCCGGCAGCAGGACGGGCAGCCGCUCGGGCGGCGGCAGCUCGAGCAGCAUGACGGCCACGUCGGGCAUGGAGAGCUGGAAGCGGGCCGCCGAGGUGACGAGCCAGCUGAAGGCGAGGAUCGAGCAGAUGAAGGCGAAACAAGCUAGCAGGCCGCAAUAGGAGGGCGGUGCCGCUCCAGGCAGGAAGCCGCGCCCUGCUUCCCAACCGC